ACCCAGCGUUACUCAUCUACAUGCUGUUUGAAUAGGAGGCCAAGGUGACGAGACCGCAUCAUUCACGCUCCGUCCUCAACUUUGCUGCUAUAUCACUGCAUGCUGGAAAUAAAGGACAACUUAACUGAUGCAUAGUUGAAUAUUAAAGGAUGCAUCAUGUUGGCCUCUACAUACAAUGGAUUAUUAGUCAUCCCAGACACCCUCCUCCCAACACCCGAUUCAAACAAUAGCUGGAACUGACAAAGCAAGAGCGAUCCAAGAUGGGAAAGGAUCCAAGGAAGCCGAAGGGCAAAAUGUCCUCAUAUGCCUACUUUGUGCAAACAUGCCGUGAGGAACACAAGAAGAAGCAUCCAGAGGCCUCUGUGAACUUUGCAGAGUUUUCCAAGAAAUGCUCAGAGCGAUGGAAGACAAUGUCACAGAAAGAGAAAGGCAAGUUUGAAGAUAUGGCCAAACUAGACAAGGUGCGUUAUGAGAGGGACAUGAAGAAUUACGAUCCCCCCAAGGGCCAGAAGAAGAAGCGGUUCAAGGACCCCAAUGCCCCCAAGAGACCACCGUCUGCAUUCUUCCUAUUCUGUGGAGACUUUCGCCCAAAGGUAAAAAGUGAGCAUCCUGGUCUUACCAUUGGAGACACGGCAAAGAAGCUGGGAGAGAUGUGGAACAGCUCAUCUGCAGAGAACAAGCAGCCGUAUGAGAGGAAGGCUGCCAAGUUGAAGGAGAAGUAUGACAAGGAUAUUGUUGCUUACCGCACAAAGGGCACAGUGGAUUCAGCCUCUGCUGCUACAGCAGAUGAUGACGAUGAAGAUGAGGAAGAAGAGGAUGACGAUGAUGACGAUGAUGAUGACGAUGAUGAGUAAAUUGCACAGGGAUGGGAGUUUUGUUUAUGCCAUAUUACCCCAAUAUACUCAAUUCACCAUCUUGAAACAUAAGUCAGACUGAACAAGAACAUGUGUAUAUUUAAUGUUUUUAAGAUGUACAGUGUUAUUCUUCUUUUCCUUUGUAAAGUUAACACUACAUAUCUUAAGUUUGAGAUUUUCUAGUAGUAGUUCUUUAUUCCCUGCCAUAUUAUGUAACAAUUUAGGAGGUCAAAAAAAAAAAACUGUAAGAAAGUAACUAGUCUAGGUGUUAAAACUCAAAAACUAGAUUUCUGAGUUGGUAGUGUAUUUUUCUUUAUUUUCAAAAAAAUAUUUUUUUAUGUGCUGUCCCAGUGUCUUUUUAUUGUUCUUUGAAUACCACUCUAAUAUCAAACACAGCUGUGGACAUUCGAGAAUGUCUUCAAUAAAGGUCGUUUUUUU